GGACCCAGGCGGUGUGAUAGGCUGUGUGUGGUUUGAAACUCACCAUGGAUUCACCUCCGGAGAAAAGGACCAAAGAGGUCGAUAUCUACCGCGACACAUGGGUGCGUUUUUUAGGCUAUGCCAACGAAGUGGGCGAGUCUUUCCGUGCCCUGGUGCCUGUGAGCAUGGUGUGGGCCAGCUACGCGGUCGCCAUGGCGUACGUCUCGGCGGACGCGCUGGACAAGGGCAAGAAGGCAGCUGCGGAACACGGGGAGAACCCCGGGAAGACUACGCGGGUGGCCGUGGCGGUAGUGGACACCUUCGUGUGGCAGGCUCUGGCGUCUGUGGCCAUACCCGGGUUCACGAUCAACCGAGUGUGUGCCGCCUCUCUCUACGUGCUCGGCCGCAGCACUCGCUGGCCGCUUCCCGUGCGCAAGUGGACCACCACGGCCAUCGGCCUUUCUACCAUCCCGUUCAUCAUCACGCCCAUCGACAGGUCGGUGGACUUCCUCCUGGAUUCGAGCCUCCGCAAGGUGUACGGCGGGGGACGCAAACACGAGCCAUAGGAAACACCUGAGCGGGCUGAGACGGGACGGGAGAUGCAGAGUGACCCGGCUCGUGUCCUCGCGGUCCAGCCAUACAGAAGUUACUCUACUGCACACGCCGGCGCUGUCUGCGUGGUCGCCGACUCUGCUCGAACACUUAACGCGAGACCUCCAGGGACACGGGUUUUAUUAAUGCAAAUUUAAGCUGUCACGCAUGUUUUAUAGAAUAUUUUGUGUGUCUAGAUACCCACUGCUGUUGUAAACGAAUGGCUCACCAGCACAUUCAGAUUGCACGGAAUGCGUGUGUAUGUGUUUGUUCCGUUAAGGUGCGUCUGCUUAAAAGUUGAUUCCGGGGAAUUUGGAAUAAUCAGUCCAACUUUGGUUGCUGGGGCUGUUCUGCGUGGGAGCCUGUCCGUUUCGUCUGCCGACGCCUCUGUGCAGUUCACGAGCCGAAAAGCACAUCGCAUUCACUCCGGGUUGUUGCUGUAAAUAAGGAUGCGACUUAAAGGUUUCCGGUAUGUUCUUCACACUCUGAUCAGACAGGACGCUGCGAGGUCGUCCGUUUUCGGAUGAACCUUAUUAUCCCUCGAGCGUUUUCUUCUACCUCCGGAGAAGGUGAUCCUGGAAUAAUGAGGUCGCCGAAAUAACCGCGAUGUCAUGGUUGCCGUUGUCGGUGGCCGUGGAAACCUCGCGCGGGGCCCGUGUGAGAUGGAUGGUGUAAUUCAGUGGCUGUGGUUCGCUCUGCCCCCUCCACCUCCUCAUCUCGCACAUCAGGCCAGAGUCGGCGCACUGUGACAGCAAACUGCCUGCGCAGAGGAUGCUUCCAUUUGUUCACAUACCCCGGUGGGUACUUGGCAAUAAGAAGCAACGCACACACACACACACACACACACACACACACACACACACACAGGUGCAUUGUGUUGUAUUGUGCUGCAUAGUUGUAUUGUUGACGUUCUGCACAAGACGGCAUGACCGUGACCCGUGUUUUUCAGCGAGCUGGAUGCAAAGGUGCCGUCGGAUUUGAAACUUGUCCCUCUAUUUUUGUACAAAGAACUUUUUUUGCUUUCCCUUAUUUUUACCUCGUGUUUUUACAUGGCUGUUAAAAAGGGUCAGUUUAUAUUCCGAUAAUCUAGUUUUACAUUACUCUCUGAACAUAAGCACUUAAGAGAUUGAUUUUGUUGUCUUUUCUGAGUCAGCAACUUGGGUAAUUCAGCCAGUGUUGCACAGCCUUACGUUCCAGUCAUACUUUUUAAAACUUGAACAUUAUUUUGACUCCAUAAUGGGGGAAAAAAAAAAACUAUGUUGCAGGGAAUGACACUGUUACUCUGCCUUAAUUUUAAAGAAUGAAAGAUAACGCAACGAAAAUCACAACAUACAUUUCAUAUAAUAGUAAUAAAAACUGUUCGUACCCUAUGCUGUGUAAUUUUUUUUCCGCUGUUGAACUAUGCAUAUUUUGCAUUCUAAUAUUUCAAAAGGUGUGUUAAGCACCUUCAGGGUGAAAAUAUGAGAAAUGUUUCAGUUGCUGGAUUCAAUCUGUAAAAGGGGUGUCGGUGUUUUUCAGGCCAUCGCAUCCUGGGCGAGGAAGUGAUUUGAGCUGUACGUACAGCAUUUGGAACGCUGUUUGCUUGUUCUUUUUUUAACGCAGUUAAUCGCAAAGAAUAAAUAAUUUUAUCCCUUGGGCU